ACACACACGGGGCGAGUUCAACACGUGUGUUGAUUAAGGUUACUUUAAAGAACAUCAAAUUUUCAGUCUACAAUGGUUCGUAAAAAGAUAGAUAACCGCCUCCGGGUUUUAAUCGAAAAUGGUGUUUCUGAAGGACACAGAACCAUGUUCGUCGUUGUUGGUGACAAAGGACGAGAUCAGGUUGUUAUUCUGCAUCACAUGCUCUCAAAAGCAGCUGUUAAAGCUCGUCCCUCUGUGUUAUGGUGCUAUAAGAAGGAACUUGGUUUCAGCAGCCACAGAAAAAAGCGAAUGAAGAACUUACAGAGGAAAGUCAAAUCCGGCACUUUAAAUGUCAAUGAGGAUGAUCCAUUUGAGUUGUUUGUAGCUUCCACAAACAUUAGAUACUGCUACUAUUCAGAAACGCAUAAAAUUCUUGGUAAUACCUUUGGCAUGUGUGUUUUACAGGACUUUGAAGCUAUGACCCCUAAUUUAUUAGCAAGAACUAUAGAAACAGUUGAAGGAGGGGGUGUAGUUGUUAUCUUACUACGCUCUGUAGCAUCUCUCCGUCAGCUCUAUACUAUGAGCAUGGAUGUCCAUGAGAGAUAUCGUACCGAGGCCCACACUGAUGUUGUGAACAGAUUUAACGAAAGAUUUCUUCUUUCCCUGGCAUCCUGUAAUCGCUGCUUGGUUGUUGAUGAUGAUUUGACAGUUUUACCUCUUUCUUCUCACCUCCUAGAUGUAAAGCCAGUCUCAAAAUCAGAGAUGGAAUCUCAUGAUUCAGAGCUGGCUGAACUCAAAGAAAGUUUGAGAGAUACACAACCAAUUGGUGUACUCAUCAAUCAAUGUAAAACGAUUGAUCAGGCCAAAGCACUUCUUAAAUUUGUUGAAGCUAUUUCUGAGAAAACCCUUAGAUCAACUGUCUCUCUCACAGCUGCUCGUGGUAGAGGGAAGUCAGCGGCUCUGGGACUAUCUGUUGCAGCUGCCAUUGCAUUUGGCUAUUCCAAUAUUUUUGUGACUGGACCAAGUCCUGAAAACUUGAAGACCUUCUUUGAAUUUAUUUUUAAAGGGUUUGAUGCCCUUGAAUAUCAGGAGCACUUGGACUAUAGUCUUGUUAGGUCAACAAAUCCAGAGUUCAACAAAGCAUUGGUCCGUGUGAAUAUUUUCCGUGACCACAGGCAAACAAUUCAGUAUCUGCACCCCACUGAUCAUCAAAGACUUGGACAAUGUGAACUUCUAGUUAUUGAUGAAGCAGCCGCAAUUCCUUUGCCAUAUGUUAAAGCUAUGUUGGGGCCAUAUCUUGUAUUUUUGGCUUCAACAAUUAAUGGAUAUGAAGGAACUGGUCGGUCUCUGUCGUUAAAGUUGCUGCAGCAAUUAAGAGUACAGGCUGCACCAUCUGGAGUGGCUGCUGUAAAGGGGAAAGACCAAUCUGCUGCCACUGGUCGCUCUCUUGCCGAAGUGACUCUCACGGAAUCCAUCCGAUAUUCCCCUGGCGACUCUAUUGAAAAAUGGCUAACAGAUUUAUUAUGUUUGGAUGCUACUUCAGUGCAACCAAUUCUCUCAGGCUGCCCACCUCCUGAAUCCUGUGAUUUAUAUUAUAUAAAUAGGGACACACUGUUCUGCUACCAUAAGGCAUCAGAAGCUUUCCUUCAAAGAGUUGUUGCUCUGUUUGUAGCCUCUCAUUAUAAGAAUAGCCCUAAUGAUUUACAAAUGAUGUCUGAUGCUCCUGCCCAUCAUUUGUUUUGUCUGUUAGGACCAGUAGAUCCCAAUGGAAAAUCUUUACCAGAAGUGCUUGUAGUAAUUCAGGUUUGUCUGGAGGGGCAGAUCUCUAAGGAAAGCGCUGCUGAUGGUCUCUCAAGGGGUAAAAGGGCUGCUGGCGACUUGAUUCCUUGGACAGUGGCUCAGCAGUUCCAAGAUCAAGAUUUCCCAAUGCUUGCUGGUGCUCGUAUUGUACGAGUAGCCACACACCCUGACUAUCAAGGAAUGGGCUAUGGCUCACGGGCACUAAACCUCUUGAAGCGCUACUAUGAAGGAUCAAUGCCUUGUUUAGAUGAGGACAAUCCUGAUGAGAAAAAAAUUGUUCCAAUUCCUGAAGAGGAUGUUGGACUUUUGGAAGAAUCUAUUGAACCAAGGAAAUCAUUACCUCCACUGCUUCUGAAGUUAUCUGAAAGACGGCCUGAAAGGCUCUCCUAUAUUGGUACAUCUUUUGGAUUGACAUUGCCCCUUUUGAAAUUUUGGAAAAGAGCUGGCUUUGUUCCUGUUUAUCUUAGGCAAACCACAAAUGACUUGACUGGUGAACACUCAUGUAUUAUGUUGUCGUUACUUGGAGAAGAUGAAACCACAGUUGACAGUUUUCACAACAGAGGAGGCCUAGUCUGGCUCAGUGAAUUCUUUACUGAUUUUCGGCGGCGCUUUGUCAAUCUUCUAAGUUACCAGUUCAGGACAUUCACUCCUGCACUAGCUCUUGGCCUGCUUCAGAACAAAGCUGUCAAAGUUCCUGUAAAAUUAUUAUCAUCUGAAGAGCUGGGAGUACUCAUGACAAAAUAUGAUUUAAAGAGGUUGGAAAUGUAUACCAAUCAAUUGGUCGAUUACCACCUGAUUAUGGAUCUCCUUCCACCUCUUGCACGGUUUUAUUUCCUCAACCAACUAGGAGAAAUGCACCUUUCUGCAGCCCAAGCUGCUAUUCUUCUGGGACUAGGUCUGCAACAUCGUACUGUAGAUGAAGUCUCUGCUGACUUAGAACUAGCUUCCAGCCAAGUUCUUGGCCUCUUCAAUCGUUCUGUCAGGAGGUCGGUCAGUGUAUUGAGUGAAGUUACUGCCAAAGCAGUUGAGGCUUCUAUGGGAGGACCCAAACAAAUUUCAAAUGACACUCCAUCACUUCACAGUGGCAAAAGUCUCAAUGAUGAACUAGAAGAAGCAGCAAAGGAAUUGAAAACUAAACAAAAAGCAGAACUACAGAGAUUGAAACAGGAAAAUUUCAGUCAGUAUGCUAUAAAGGGCUCUGAACAAGAAUGGGGCCAAGCUCUGAAAGGCAGUAGUAAAAACAUAAUUUCAGUUAAAAGUGGUGAAAAAAGACCGGCUGAAGAUCAGAAUGAUAACGGAUUAGAUGAUAGUGAUGCCAAGACCCUAAAGAAGAAGAAAAAGAAGGAUAGAAAAUCUAAGUAAAAUAAAGAUAUCCAAAAAAUUA